AUGUUCGCAAAUUACCUACUAUUCAUCACAUGCCUUCUCGGCGCUGCCCAGGCCCUGCCCCAAGCGUCCAGCGACUCCGUCGGCAGGCUCAUCGGACAGGAAGACAUCAUCAACCACAGCCAGCACGGCGUGGCCAUUGACGGUGCCCUCGACCGAGCGUCCAAGUUUUACGCCUACACCAGCACCGCCACCGACGCCCCGGCGCCCACCCCCGGCCCGGGCAUGGAGAAGUUGGCCGCGGCGCUGACCAUCCGCAUCACCAACGCGUGGCACUCGCCGAUCAGUACCCGCCACGCCCGCAACGCCAACGCCCCGCCGGCGGUCGGCGGAGACGUCGGACCGGGAACGCUGGGCGUCUUCAGCAUCGGCCAGUUCGCCGUGCCCACGCAGUGGGCCGGCAUGGUGGCGGUGGUCGAGGCGAGCGGCUCCAACGCCAUCGUGGGUGACGAGUCGCUGAUCGAGGCUUCGUUCGUCGAACAGUUUGGAAAUGGCGCCCUCGUUGACGUGGACGUUUCGUACGUUGACGGCUUUUCGCUUCCCAUCACCUGCUCUUGCGGCGGCAACGUCGUCACCGGCUGCAACAGGCAGUUGCGGGAGCUCAAUAGCUGCCCGGAUGACAAUGGCCACGGCUCGUGUCGGAACCCGAACAGGAACGGCGGGACCGGGCCGUCGCAGUUCUUUGCUCCGUGCAGGGGCGCGGCUUACACGUUCCCCAGUGACCACGGUGCCAAUUCGAACGGUGAGUGCACAAGCGGCGUCAUCGACUGCUGCGUGGGUGAGAUGUGCCCUGGGAACCCAUCCCAGCCAAGUUGA